AUGGUGCCGAAGAAGCUGACGGAUUGCCCAGAAAACCUCCGGGAAUCAAUUGACUGGCUGAUCCAGGUGAGACAUGGGAGUGGCACUGACAAGAAUGGCCUUGAUGGGUUAGCCAAAUCUUUGAAGACGUUGAUAGCCGAAGCUAUUACAAAGUCUACUAAGAGUCUGGAAGCUGAGCAUGAUAAACUUGUUUGCCCUUUCCAAUAUUCUGCAACUGAAACCAAUUGUCAGCAUUACCAGACGCUACUUGAGAACCGUAAGAAGGAAAUUAAGGAUGCAGAACCACUUCGAGAUGUUUCAAAAGAUGCUGAGGUAAAGCGCCUUAUGGGUACUAUAGCAGACUGUAGGAAUAAAUAUCACAAUGAACAUUACCGUGACCCAGCUAAACAGAAAAUUUUGAGGGAUAUUGAGGAUCGGCAGAAGACUCUUGGAAAUCUCCAAACUAAACUGGAAGCCUUUGUUGGCAAAGUAGCUAAUAAAGAACAGAAGGAUAUUCCUGCAAAACAUAUUUUGGAAAACCUCACGGACGGAUUAGAGAAGCUUCUAGGCUUUGACCCGAAAUCUAAAGGCUACGACGGCACUGGCAUUGUGUACUCCGACCUGGACAGGCUGUGUGACGGGGUGAUGGCGUUUUUGUAUGGUCUGCUUAGAGAUGUUUAUCAGAAUCAAUCCUACGAUGUUGGUAGAAGAGUGUUGAAACAACUUGUUGAAAAUAAAAUUCACCCCAAAUUGUGCUUAGGGCAUUCGGGUUUUAAGGAGAUUAUUGAUGAGGUGGCAAGGCAGGUGAAGUUGUAUAAUAGGGAAGUGGAGCAUAGCAAUAAAAAAGUCUCCGAUCCGAUAAGAGGGCUUCAGAAGGAGAUGACAACGCUUACAGAACAGGUGAAAAUAAUUUUGAAAAAUAGCGUUUCGCAGGACUUUGUCAAUACAGCCGUUACGGAAGUGAAUAAGCAGUUGGACGCAUGUAACAAAAACACUGACACUUUCAACAGAAAUAUGGAUAGCGUAGAACGCAUACAUAAAGCAAUCACAUAUUUAAAUGAAUCAAUACGUGAGAAAGUUAACAAGGCUAGAACGAACAUAAGGCACGAGAAAAAGCGCCUUGAAAAGAUGACCAAAAUUGAGAGGAGUAACUUGAGUUCAAUGACGAAUAAUAUUACGACGACACUUGAAGAUGUUAAGACGCAGAUUAGUAAUAAUAUUAGCGAGAUUGUAAAACAGCUAGUCGAGGACUUAAAAAAGAAGGUCCAAGAAAUUCAGAGUGAACUUGUUGAAGUAUAUAAAUCCUUGGGAAAGUAUAUUAAAACCUUGGAGGAUUGGAUGGAGAAGGCGUUGGAAGUUAUAGAAGAGGCAAACAGGCAAGUUGCCGUUAUUGAAAAUGAGGUUGGUGAUCCUGAAGAUAAAAAAAAUAAUAAUAAGAGUGCAAUUGCCAAAGCGGCCAAGGAGGUUGAGAAACAAGCCGGGGAGCUGCAUGGGAAAUUCGAAACAGCGAAAAGGCAAUUCGAUGUAGUUGUCGCCAAGAUUAAGGGGAAAGCAGGUGAUGGACAAGAAGAAGGAUGCGUUAUCGAGAAACUGCAAGGCCUUGAAGAGAAGGUUACGACUACGAUGCCGGAAGACUUUGAAAAUUUUAAUACGGGUAACGGUGGUAAUUGGGAUUUCAGCCAGUCAAUCCGAGAGCUCAGACAGGAAACAAAUAGACAGUUGGGAAUUGCGAUUGAUGGUAUUUGGAAAGAUUUAAAGCAGGGGUUGGAUGCGGCUACAGAAAGUGCUCCCAGGAGUGGUAAUUGGAAAGGUCUUCAAGCUUUGCAAGAGACUGACCUGUGGACGGCAAAGGGCGUGGGAAAAUGGCUUGAUAGUGCAGCGUUAGACUACGACGACAGCGGUCCUGGCGCAAAAGUAGAAAAGGUCUUGAACCAUCUUCACAAUGCGCAGCAGGAAUGGGAAAACAUUUUACAAUCCAACAUCACCACCAAUAUUCCCAAAGUAAUUAAAGAGACACUUAGCAACGAAACCAUUGACGGUGUCAAACGGCAGCUCUUAGGCCUCAUUAUUGCCGUCGUCGCAGGGAGCAUCUCAGAGAUGCAAGAAGCUGUCAACAGAAUCGUUGAUACUGAUCUGAAUACUAUUAGCCAGCUACAGGAUAGCAUUGCCCAACAGGCCCAAGCGGCGAAAGCUGCACUCGAAACCCAGGGCAACCUUGUGUACCACCACCUUACUGAGCUAUGCGAGGCAAUUAAGAACGGAGUGAAGUACUCCAAACAGCAUCUGGGAACAUUGGCAAACGAUACUAUAAACACGCAACUUAAAAAGAUUCGUGAUCGAUUUACCGAGCUGCAGAAGAGGUUUGCAGAUGGUGCCCUAAAGUUGUCCGAAGAAUUUGCUGGUGAAGCUGACACGUUAUGCACCUCAACCGUACAACAACUUCAAAAACAAGUUGACGAACAAAUAUCUUUCGCAAUCGCAAAACUCACAUCCCAGGCGCAAAAGAACUACGUGUCAUCUAUGAAAGGCUUGCUAGAUGCGUUUGCCACUAAAGUGCAAGGUGAGCUGUUGAAUUUGCCAGAGAGAAUCGAUAUUGACCUCAAGACGGAGUUCAAAGGGUUCAUGAAAGAGAUGGAAACGCAUGUGAGCUCUGCUAAUUUGAAAAAUGACUUGCCACAGCACGCUAAACUGGCGACAUUCGCCUCUGGUGUCGGUAACUUCUUCAAUGGUAUUUUCCACAGUCUCAAAACGAAGCGUGACAUAAUUCCUAUUCAUAAGCUCACCGAGAUAGAUGCUACGCUUAACACUCUCCUCAAUGGCCUUUCUAAUUACAAUAAGAAAUUUGUAGAUGACCUGGCAGCAGUUAAUACUCUUCUGCAGAGCAUACGCCCUGAGUCAUACAACGAUGAGAGAAAUAAGUUGCUUGAGAUUCUGAAAAACGGCCUGCAAGGGUUUCACAAUGAGCUCAAAAACGCAUACGUGUCGGCAUACGACAGCGUUCCCAAUGUCGACUGGUCCGAUAUAAAGUCAACUGAAACAUCUCUGCAAGGCACGAAAUGUGCUACGGUAUUCUUGACCACGAUAGACAUAAUGCUCAAGAGUUUAUUCAAAUAUAAAAGAGAAGUUGAGAAAACAAAAAGUACGUGGAAAGACUACAAAAUGUAUAGUUCGAAUUACAAUUAUAGCCUUAGCAGCCUCUUCUUUAGCAAAAACGGUUACGAUCCUGGCCUUCCCAGCAAUGCGGAAUACGGCGAGUUAAAUCACAAGAAGGGUUUUAAUGGCAAUAGCAUCGUUGAUCUAUUUAAGUCUAACACUCAGGUCACGUCACAGCCCAGUUAUGAUAUUCUCGCCUCUCUGGACGACUUCGCCGACAUAAUCAAAUAUUACUUGCGCAUUUCCCACUUAGGGACUUUCUCUUCCGCUAAACAUCCGCUUAACGCAUUCCAGAUGCUUGCAUGGCUCAGUGGCCUGCAGCAUAACCCAGUAAAGGAGAAACUUACGAAGUACCUCCAAAAACAAUUCGACUCUGAAACUGAUGUUAUACUGCGAAAUAUAUUAUCGGAUAUAUUCACAUCUGAACUACCGUCAAUUUACACUCCUGCCUACGAUAUGCUUACCAGUAUCGUGGGAUAUGGCGACGCAGACACCCUUUAUGCGUGCCAAUAUCUCGGGAACUCUCUUGAGUUGCACUAUCCUUCCGAUGCUGCAGCGUGCUUUGAUAUGCUAUUAGACGUGCUCCGCAAAUUGUGCCCUGUCUUGCAAUUUUUAUAUUGGCAAUGUAAACUCGGUGUUAAGAACUUAGGUUGGCGCGACUGCCAUUACGGCAAAAACGCCGGUACGUCAAGUUGGCAGUGUAAGGAACAUUCUGAUCAGACACCUGAUUGCCAACGUACAUCUCCUCUGAUGUCCUACCUGACCGACUGUCUCCUCGGACACUUGCCUCACCAAUUGCAGUCUGUUGGCUGCACUUCCAAAUGUUCCACGUGCUCGUCCAGUUCACCUAAGAUGCCUUGCUUGACACCCCUAGGCUUUAGGACAUUCUCCUGUAGUACGCGUACUGGUAAGGACCUAUGUUCCGUGCUUGACAAACUAUGCGGCGAUCGAGGCGUACUCACCAAACUUUACGCUUCACUGGCAUGCUUCGUUGGUCGUCCUCCGCAGACAUUCCCUGAUGUAUUCGCCUUCUAUUACCAACUUGUACAACCGUGGACUCCGAUGACUGAAUAUAAAAAGCCGUCAAAUUCAAUAGAACAAGCACUUAGCAACACUAUCGAAAAGACUGUGUCCUGUAAAUACGAGGACGCUAAGCAGUUCAUAAAUCAAUGCCGCAGUCUGUAUGAAUCUCCAUCUCACUUCCUGCAUGAUAUAACCCGUAUUUCCGACAUGAGUUAUUUAGUUGGGUGUGGUGAGCAGGAUUGCGGUUAUAUCAUCCGACCUAUAAACUCAGCUGCAUACGGCGCGUUCGCUCCGAAGCAUGCCAAAAGUUAUUUGUCAUGGUUAGUCCACGUUUGCCCCCAACUCGUGGAUUUCUUUAAACAAUUGCAGAAGGCAUUUAGUGAUGUCUCAUGUGCCGACUCCCGUUGCUCACCAUGCCUCCACAGUGAGAGUUGCACAAAAGGCAAACACGGCACCACUUCAUGUGGAUGUAGCUCCAUCGUCCACUGCCAACCGGUUUCCUCAAUACUUUAUAAAUAUGGCUUGACGUAUGCCGAUGCCGCAAACAAAAGCCAGAUUAAGUGCCAAGAUUUUUCUAAUGUGCUGAAAAACAUCUUGAAUUCCCAGGUGCUGGGAAAUUUCUUGCAUGCCAUAGACACAUUGAUGUUCACUAUUCGGACGCCAUUCAUCUGGACAGUUGUAGCCCUCUGGUCGCUGUCUCUUCUCUACCUGUUCUACGUCUUGAUCGGACGCCUAGACACGCUCCACAUCAAAUCACACCUCAGGUCGCCAGCCUCUUACAAAAUUGCUGCCCAGUCACUACUCGCUGCAGCACGUGUCGGCAAACUUGCCAAGAUAUCGUACCUGCAAGCCUAA